AUGUUUGACUCUCAUCAAUCACGUCUUCGUCACUUAGUACUCGAAUGUUGUAAGGCAAAGGGUGGUAUCGAAAUGACUUUUGUGAGUCUAGAGGCGACCAGUUCUCCCGUGUUUAUGAAACGUCGGUUUAUCCCUCUCGGACUUCGUGAGCCCGUACAUAAGGUGUUAGAGGAAAUCCUCAGAAAGGAAGUUCUGAUAACAUCCCGUGUCGCAGCCGAAAACUUUGUGCUCACACUGAAGAGUGCCAUUGCUUCUGUGAAUCCCAGUACAUUCGAUGAACUGGACAUAGGCGUUGAUAGCUUUCUGAUACAAUAUCGUAACGCAGUACAUUCAACUGCGGGGCGCAAGCCAGCAAAGCUGUUCAAGAGUCGAGCAGUUCUAACAAAUCUUCUACGUUUGGAGUCUGCGGAAGUCGCGUAUCAUCGUGGUAUCGAUUUGCGACCCUUCCGAGAUGUUUUACUGAACCAAAUAGGACAAAGAGCAAAUUGA